AUGGCUACUCUCAGUGAUCAGACCAAGAUCGAUCAAUCAAAGAUGAGCGCAGUGCACGCUCAGUCACCGGCCAUCAAGGUGAUUGUUGGCGACGAGGGAGACUUCGUCAAAACACCUACCGAUCUCAUCCAGUCCAACGUCUUUUACGUCAACAAGUCGUUUCUCGUGCAUCACUCGCGAUACUUCAAGAUCCUUCUGGACACGGCACCACCUCGCGACGUCGUCCGUCUGCAACCACCAAAAGGGUGCGACGCGGAGAUGUUUGGGUGCUGGCUGGACGCGCUGUAUCAAGGCAAGGUCGACUUGUCUGAAGAUACUGCCGGCGGAGGACUCCCAGAACUCAGAGGUACCUAUGCCUUUGCGAAUUUCCUGGGAUCUUCAACUUUCAAAAAUCUCAUCGUCGAUGCCGUGCAGAGCGAAUGGGCCCUUGACGACUGGGCACCACCUGACCUCUUCGUUGCCACGUGCGAUGACCCGGCCACGGACUUGCUCGACGACUACGUGCUUGAGUGCGUCGCCUACAAGAUCUUGAAGCAGGGCUGGACGAAGGACGGAUCGGAGGAAGACUGGGACUAUGUCGUCGCCGACGAAAGCACCGAGAAUGACCAUGUCCCUGACCGCUCCACCUCCUUCUUGAGACUUGUGCAAAGAGUCGACAGGCUGAGGGAGGAAGAGGUCAGAGGCAGGCUGAUGGACCCGACCAAGCGCGUGGACUGCAGAUGGCACGAACAUGCGACAAUGGAAUCUCGCCGUCAGUGCCACCGAUUCGACAACAACUCCGCAGUCACCGAAAGUCACCUUUUCACGACCUAG